UGCUUUUCUCUCGACACUUCACUGCGCCUCCUUGUCCAGCGGCUGUUGCUGAUGCUGCCGUCCAGCGUCUGGCUGCGUUCGUCCCUUUGUUUCUACUGCCCUGUCGAGAUUGAUCAUCGACGUCGUCCUGCUUGAGUCGAAAAGUAUUCGUUGUUGUUAUUGUUGUUGUUACUGCUCAAUGGAAUCCUGUAGUACUGUUGUUUCUUUUGCCAAGGUUUAAUUAGAGUCACCUUCAGCCUUCUACCUUGUGCUGCACAGCUCCGCCGACGCCCUCCCACCGAUUCCGUAAUAAUUGGCAGUAAUGUGGUCAUGAUUAAUUAUGCAUAGCAUACUUCAACUUUGAGGGACUACUUCCAUUGUUAAGACUCAUAGACACUCAAUUCAGCUUAUUGCACCAGCCGCAACCUUCUCGCAGGAAAUCAUCGCGGACACUGUGCGAUUUCUGCAGGAAGAUGAGUUUCAUCUUCCUGAUGAUCCGGAUAAACUCGACGAUUUCCAUGAUGAAAAGCUGCGACAAAUGGAUGCUAUAGCCAACGAAUUUCAAUCGCUUAACGAUCUGGCUAACGAGCUCAUCGAUCUUAAGGUGAACGAGCUUUUACUAAAAACAACAGACGUGCUUAAUGAGACAGAUUUAGAUUAUCGCAGGCAAGUAGCUGAUUUAGAGGCUCAAUGCCAGCGACGCAUUGACUCUGCUGGAGCGCGUCUCACACUGCGUCUCAGGUCGAUUCGUGAACUUGGACGCGCCAACGAACUCCUUGAGCUUUUGCAGGUAGAGCACGCCAAAGCUCGUGCACGUCAGGAGGUUCUCUGCAAUAUCUACACAGAACUCGAAAAGACGCUUUCUGAACGCAUGCUCAAUAAAUUGUCGGAGCUACGUCGCGCGCAACGAAGGGCGUUCAAAAGACGUUUGGCUUUUGGGGAUGGAGAAGUGCAAGAGGACACAGAUAGUGUCACCGACACUGAUAGUGUAGCGUUUCGCCCAGCUAAAAGGCCGCAGGGUGUUGCCUGCCCCUAUAUCGUAUACACUCUUCGACCGCAUGAGAUUGAAGAAGACCUGCGAGCGAUUCAACAGAGUUUUCUUUGCCAGCCUUCGGUAUCUACGAUCGACCUCUAUCCCAAGAGUGACCCCGUAUUGCAGGCUGAUUGCAAAGAGGUGAAGGACGUGAGCUCCGACUUAGAGUAAUCAUGACCAAUGACGACUGUGCUGACUAACGCAAAUCGUCGCCUAUUCAACAUAUUCGAAUAAAAUACGACUUUAUCGAAGGAUUUUCAACCUCGACAGUACGUGUGCAUGCAAAAUAGUACGGUGGUGUAAUUUUCGGAGAAGUGUAGCGCGGACGUCCCGGCGGGGCUGAAGCACUGAAGCUUCUAAAUCGGUCGAAAAUGACGGCAUCAACAAUGGCCUGAAGUUAAAUUUUGACUGGUGGCUUAAAUGUUGCGUAAAUGUGUUGGUAUACAUGUGGUUCUGAGCUUAGGUGGAGAUGGUACGAUUGUUAUUAUUAUUAUUAUUAUUAUUAAUAUAAAAAUUAGUUAACGAGGCACUGGCUGGAGAAUUCGCUGUGAUUGAAGCUAUGUAAUUUAAUGUGUUUGGUUCAGAUAUUAUAUGAAGCAAGCACACAUAUGAGUCUGUCAUUCAACAGAUGAACGAACAAAAAAUAGACGAAGCCACAAGGCGAAUACAGACAAGUAAACAGAUGAACCCACAUUGAAAAGUGCAUUGACUACAGAAAAGGAUAUGCGAGUAUAUAUUUCUCUACAAUAAAUGUAUUUG